GAGAUAUGAGUUUUGGUCCAUAUCGCCCAGCCCUAACCUUAAGUGUUCUGUGCACUGUGUAUUCUACCUCCUACUGUGAGAGUAGAUAUAAUAUUAAAAUACCCUUACAUCUGCUUCCUACAGCCCUUUGGAUUUUUAUUGUAUAUAAUUUCAGUAUGUGUCUAAAUGUUCUGUAGGCUUCCUACAUUGUCUCUCUUUUUCAUUGAGCGCCCCAUUUUCCAUAGUUAACUUAAAUAUCAUCCACCUUUGUCUGUCUUUUUUAUUUCUCUUGGAGUCUUCCACUAUGCGAUGCUUGGUGUGCAGCUUCUUGUUUUGGCCACUAGUCGGCGUUGUCCACCACUUAAUGGGUAGACGGAGGUGCUGAGAUUUGAUUAGGUUUUAAGAUGAGAUAAGACAAGAUGAGUAUUGUAUUAUCCGAUUAGCAAAACCGGUCAUUUUUUUUCAUUGUAAUAAAAAAACAAUUGCAAAACUGCUGGUAUGUUUGAAAAGAAGCCUUAAACAGUUAUUUCAGGUUGACGUCGUAUAGCACAUGAAAUGGGCUAUAGGCCUACUGGUUCAAUUUUAUGUCACGUUAACUGGACAUUAAACACUUUGAUGAAAUACAGGCCUAAAUUCAGGAAUGAACUAAAGAAUGAUUUAAUCAGGUUUAGCAAGGGGUUAAAAUAAGUGUAGACUAUAAAUUUAAAAAAAAAAGCAGGAAAGAUUAAAUCAUUAUAAUUGUAUUUGGUUUUAUGACUUAUUCUGUGAGAAAUUUGCCGACUUGAUUUCAUGUUGUAAUUGUCAGAAAUUAAUAAAACAGCGACUUUUUGAUCAAAUGUUUAAAGAAAAAAAAAACAUGACAAUUUUAUUAAACGGUCGGUCUUAAAGAAGGAGGCCUCAAGGGUAAUGAGGUUUUGUCUUUCUUAUUUAUCCUUCUGUAAACGUCGAUAGGCCACGCGGCCAACACUUUAAUUGCCUUCAUUGAUUGAUAGAAUAAAAACACAACAAUGCAGCCACAUAGCCCGGGUGGUUUCCCCCCCUAUAAGAAAGCUGGCUGAGUGAAUUGGGUGUAGCUGUGUCUGUGUGCGCCUUGGCCAAUGGAACCAGAUCCUCCCUGCAGUGCGUAAGAGCGCGAUUUAGGAUUUAACCAAGUCUUUGCUGCGGGGCUGGCUGCAGUCUUCACCAGAGCCCAACGGCCCAGGAACCUUCCGACGAUGUCAGUGUAGUUUUUCACACCGCUUUGGAGUUAGACAGCUUCUUUUUGAUUAUAAAAGAAAACAAAAUUCACUCGUUUCUUCGCAAAGUAUGACUGGAGUAUUCGACCGGAGGAUCUCGAGUGUGAAACCUUCAGACUUCCAGAGCUCUUUUCAACUCUCCACCAUGCACCAUCCGUCUCAGGAAUCUCCUACUUUACCCGAGUCCUCCGCCACGGAUUCUGGCUACUACAGUCCGGCCGCUGGAGUCACUCACGGCUACUGCUCGCCCAGCUCCACGUCGUACGGGAAACCACUCAAUGCCUACCAGUUCCAAUACCCGGGAGUCAAUGGAUCCGCUGGAAAUUACGCGACAAAAUCCUACACUGAUUACAGCUCGUACACGACCCCCGCCUACCACCAGUAUGCUGGGACUUACAGCAGAGUGCAAGCCCAGCCGAGUCCUCAAGAAAAAGAGAUAAGCGAGCCUGAGGUGAGGAUGGUGAACGGGAAGCCGAAGAAAGUGAGGAAACCUCGGACCAUCUACUCCAGUUUUCAGCUGGCCGCCCUGCAGAGGCGCUUUCAGAACACACAGUACCUGGCCCUGCCGGAGAGAGCCGAGCUUGCUGCUUCACUGGGACUGACGCAAACACAGGUUAAAAUCUGGUUCCAGAACAGGAGAUCAAAAUUGAAGAAGAUCAUGAAAAAUGGCGAGCUUCCCCCGGAGCACAGCCCCAGCUCCAGCGACCCCAUGGCGUGCAACUCCCCACAGUCCCCGGCCGUUUGGGACACACAGGGCCCCUCAAGGCCGCACAGCCUGCAGCCGCAAAGCAUCAACACUACGGCGGCUAACUUUUUGGAAAACGCGAGUUCAUGGUACACCUCUGCCGGCAGCUCCAUGACUUCCCACCUGCAGACCCCUAACUCGAUACAGCACUCGUUGGCUCUUGGAGCAGGGACGUUAUAUUGAAAAAAAAACAAAAAAAACAACACAAACCGGUUGUUCAUUUCAAGUAUUUUUUUUCUCCUCCUUCUAUGGGACUCGUGUUCAAAUUUCAGAGGAAUAUGCAAUGUAUUUGAUGACAGUCAUAGAAGAAACGUGUAUAAUGUGUAAAUGUGUGCAUGUAAUUUAUUGCAUUUUUUUUUUGGAAGACUAUUAAACGUUUAA